CGUCGCCUCUGGGGGUGUGUGAGGGGCGAGGCCCGGCGAGGCCCGCCCCCAGGAGCUGGCGUGAGGCCAGAAGCGCAGAGCGGAUCCUGUCGAGGAUUCUGAGCUGCGGCGGCGAUGCAGGGCCCAGCUGUUCGGCUGCUGCGCAGCAGCCAUCUGCUAAGAAGAAACUACCCAGCUUUGUCUUCUUGGAAAAUUCUUCCCCAUGUCCUAAAGUCUUCCCAGCCAGAAGCUCUACUUGAUGUAAGAAAUAAUGCUCGACCCUUUGCGCCACUGCAAACAUUUACAGAUGAGGAAUUGAUGAUAAAGAGUGCAGUUAAAAAAUUUGCACAGAAAGAAAUUGCUCCUUUGGUUUCAACCAUGGAUGAAAAUUCCAAAAUGGAGGAAUCAGUAAUACAAGGAUUGUUCCAACAAGGGUUGAUGGGUAUUGAAGUUGAUGCAAAGUAUGGAGGAACAGGACUCUCAUUUUUUUCCUGUAUCCUAGUCAUAGAGGAAUUAGCCAAAGUUGAUGCAUCUGUGGCUCUCCUGUGUGACAUCCAGAACACAGUAGUUAACAAGCUGAUUAAAAAACAAGGAACCGAAGAACAAAAGGCCACCUAUCUUCCUAAACUGGUUACAGAAAAAGUAGGAAGCUUCUGCCUUUCAGAGACUGGAGCAGGAAGUGACCCCUUUUCUUUGAAGACCAGAGCUGAUAAAAAGGGAAAUUACUAUGUCAUCAAUGGGUCGAAGAUGUGGAUUAGCAACGCUGCAUAUGCAGGACUCUUCCUGGUUUUCGCAAAUGUGGACUCUACCAGAGGAUAUAGAGGCAUCACCUGCUUCUUAGUAGAUCGUGAUACAGAAGGCCUUGGUGUAGGGAGAGCAGAAAACAAACUGGGGAUCCGAGCUUCUGCCACCUGUCCAUUAACGUUUGAAAAUGUCAAGGUUCCAGAAACCAAUAUCUUGGGACAGAUUGGCCAUGGCUAUAAGUAUGCCAUAGGAAGUCUUAAUGAAGGCAGAAUAGGAAUUGCUGCACAGAUGCUGGGACUGGCCCAAGGAUGCUUUGACUACACCAUUCCAUAUAUUAAAGAAAGGAUACAAUUUGGCCAAAGAAUAUUUGAUUUUCAGGGGCUCCAACACCAAGUGGCUCACGUGGCCACCCAGCUGGAAGCUACAAGAUUAUUAAUAUACAACGCUGCUAGGCUUGUAGAAGCUGGAAGGCCAUUCAUAAAAGAAGCAUCUAUGGCCAAAUACUAUGCAGCAGAGAUUGCAGGGCUCACAACUAGUAAAUGUAUUGAAUGGAUGGGAGGAGUAGGCUAUACAAAAGAUUACCCUGUGGAAAAAUACUUCCGGGAUGCAAAGAUUGGUACAAUAUAUGAAGGAACUUCCAAUAUCCAGCUGAACACCAUUGCCAAGUACAUCGACCGGGAAUACUGAUGGUGCUGGGCUGGGCCCCUCCUGAACGUCGUUGAUCUAACCUUCUCAACUACUGUGCCCUGUUAGGAGGGUUAGGCUCCGUGGCAUUGCAGUGUUUCACUGAGGCCCCUAGUCCUGGUUUUCAGGCUUGACCUUUCCCCUUUACAAGCACAGGGGAUCAUUUUUUAAAAUUGGGAAGAAAUGCACCCAUAUUUUCUCCAAAAUUGAUUUAAACUUCUUUAUAUUUUAUUAUCAUUCUAAUUUCAGAGUAUACAGAAGCUUUACUCUGUCAACAUUUGGAAAAAUGAAGACAUUGAAGUAUUACUUUAAAAAGUAGUUAUUUUAUAUUUCUUCUAGAUUUUUAUAUUAUGGCAUUAGAGAAACAUUUGUUACAGUCAACAAUUUUAUUCAGUUCUCUAUAGAUUAGAUUGUAAGUUGCUAAAUGAGGCCAAAACUGAUAAAAAUUUAUUUGGAAAAAAAAUCUGAAACUUCUAAAUAAUCAGUGAAUGGGUGGAAACUAAGGGUGUAACUUUUUAGGCCUUUUAAUAAAGCAAUAGAAUUUGUUACUUUAAUUAACCAAUAUAAAAACUUGUUUCAUGAUGGUUUCAGCAGAUCAUUUUAAAAACUGUCUUUGCUUUAGUUUUCAACUAUGAAGUUCAAAUAAUCUGAUUUAGCCAAAAAUAUUUAAAAUUAUAAUAUUCAUUCUGCCUUGCACUAUUUUUCAACAGUACGAUUCUUUCUGUGUUUUAACUGAACACUCUUUCCUCAAACUUGAUUACUGGGCUUCAUGCUAAGUAGUAAUUAAUUCAGAAAUUGGGUUUUGGUUCAGUGAUUCUCAAGAGAGAGAGAUGUUGCCUCUGUUAAGAAGCAUAUCAAAAUCUCAUAAGGAAUGGGGAUAGAAGGGAGCUGUAGAGUUUGAAAAAGCAUAGCCAACUUAAAGCAAUUUUAUAUUUGGGAAGACAAAAGUAAAUCUAUUGUUCUAUAAUACAAAUGACAGGCAGACAGAGCCCAACAAAAGACAUAGCUGGCCAUGCCAUUUCUUCAGUACUGGGGAGGCUCAGCGGAAAAAAAACCCUCCAGGGGUGGAUCCUGAGUUUUCACAGGAGGACUAUAGAUGAGAAUUUUUUUAAUUCUCUGAAAAGGGGACAUGGGUCAAACAUGAAAAGUGUUCCAAGCCUCAUGCAGUUUAACUGAAAGUAAUCAUUAUUAUUAAAUGGGAAGCAUUUUAGCACUUUAAUGAAAGGAUAAUGUUUAUUAAGAAAACCUGACAUUUUCAAAGUAAUUUUGCUUCGCACAUUCAUGUUUAUUGAAUUGGACUAAUUUCUACAAUGCAAAUCAGUUAAAUAUUCAAAGUUGUGUAAGAAUUACAUUAAAAUAUUAGGAAGAAAUAAGGACAAAUUUAGAACUUGGUCCAAAGAGAGUCUGCUUUACUUUCAAGUAGGGAGAUGAUGGAAACCCUAUCCAGUCUUUCAAAACAAAAGACAGUCAUUUGAUAAGAAUAGGAAUGGGUGAACAGCCCUGGAGGUAGGUGGAAUGCCCUGGGUGACUUGGAUAUCUUUAAUCUCUGUGAUUAUAUGGAAGAGAGGUGGACUGUACAGAUGAUGGAGAAGGAGCCAACAUUAGUAAACAGAAUCCCACCCUCUUCCCAUAGAGCUGGAAACUCGUGAAAGUACAAUAAACCUCAUGUUUAAAUUUGCAUAAUCAGUGGCUGCCAUAUGUAUCUGGACCAUGAAUGUAUAUUUAGAGUUAAUAAAGUUCUAAUUUGGGGUGUAUACCUUGUGCGUGGUCACAGAGAAUGUCAUGUAAUAUAGAAUAAAUCAUGUCUAUAUUCUAGUUAAUAUGUGCACCUGUCUUCUGUUAGUGGAUUAUUAUUUUACCAGAGAGGAUGCUGCAGGUUUUCCUGUUCUUCUUUCAUUAUAGCUUUUCUUCUGAUAACCAUGACUUUGGAAUCUUUAAAACUUUCUAUCUUGAGUUUGUGUCUGGUGGAGAACCAACCAUUCACCUCCUGAAACCUGUUGUUACUAUUUGUUAAUUUGAAGAUUGGGCUAUUAAUUUGAGCAUGAGUCUCAGAAAGUAGAAAAUUGUUUUACCAGAUUUGGGUGGGGGAACUGGUCUUAACCCAGGUGCCAGGUUAGUAUUGUUAGAGAUUUCUUCUUACAACAUGAAAAUGAAUCAGGGUCAAGAACUUUAGAAUCAUGGAAGGUUAAAUCUAGAAAGACCUUAGAGAACCAUCCAGCCAAUUCCCUCAUUUUUAAAGUGAAGGAUCCAUAGUCUAUGUUACUUUCCCAAGAUCAUCCAGGCACAAAGACAAGAAUCCAAAAACACUAUUAAUACUGUCCCUGUUCAACAGAUUUUGGAUUUCUUCCCUGCUAUUGUUUGUUGGUUUAGUUUUAGGUUUAAAUAAUGAAGAAUGAACAUUUCAAGUGUUAGAAUUCAUCUGUGACUCACAUGUAUUAAUCACUUGCCAAAGGCACUGGUAUUUGACAUGCUUUCCUAGGCUGUAGCUGGGAUCAGAUACAAAGAUUAUUGUGUGUGAUCAUUUGUUCAUUGUUAUUCUGUGUUUUAGUAAAUACACUAGUUAUAUCCCUGCUGGUGUAUUUAUGCUGAACCUUCAUAAAGUGAAAGUUUUGUUUUAAUGGUA